CACUGUGCUGAUGGAGGGCGAGGAGCGAUUGCGCGCGCUGCUGCACAAGGCCGCCGCCUCGGCUGCGGCCGCCGCCGCCGCCCACGCAGCCGCCCACGCCGCCCCCGGCGCCCCGCCGCCGCCCCAGGCGCAAAUCGCGGCUUCGAUGCCCGCCGCCACCACGACGGCCAGCGCCGGGCCGCGGCACACCAUAGACCACAUUCUGGGGCUCUCCGGUUCCAGCCCCGCCAGCACAGAAUCGGCAGGCGAGAACAGCAACUCCAACGAUGGCUGCAUGUCGGGCUCCGUUGCGACGUCGCUGGCGGGCGGCGUGGGAGGCGGCAUGUCCGGCGGCGUGGUGAGCGGCGGCGUCGGGCUGUGCUCGGGCCCGGCGGCGGCGCCCAGCGGCAGCGAGGACGAGAGCGCCGCCCCCAGCUGCGGCAGCCCGCCCCCGGGGGCGGCCAGCGACGGCGGCGGCAGCGGCAACGGCGGCGGCGCCAGCAAGAAGAAGCACCGCCGCAACAGGACCACCUUCACCACCUACCAGCUGCACGAGCUCGAGCGUGCCUUCGAGAAGUCUCACUACCCGGACGUCUACAGCCGCGAGGAGCUCGCCAUGAAGGUCAACCUGCCCGAGGUCCGCGUACAGGUGUGGUUCCAGAACCGGCGCGCCAAGUGGCGGCGGCAGGAGAAGAUGGAGGCGGCGCGCCUGGGGCUGGGCGAGCUGCCGGGCGGCUGCGGCGUGCGCGCCGGGGGCGGCGCCGGCGUUGGCGUCGGGGGCGGGCCGAGCCUGGCGCUGCCCGUCGACCCGUGGCUGGCGCCGCCGCUGCUGUCGGCGCUGCCCGGCUUCCUGGCGCACCCGCACACCGGCUACCCCAGCUACCUCACGCCGCCGGAGCCCGCCCCCGCGCCCGCCCCCGCCUCGGCGCCGCGGCCGCCGGACCCGCGCUCCUCGUCCAUCGCCGCGCUGCGCCUCAAGGCCAAGGAGCACGUCGAGUCCAUCUCGAAGGGCCUGCAGAUGGUCUAACAGUCGCCGAGUGGCGAGGCCCCGCCGGCGACGUCGCCGCUGCGCUCGGACGAAGCCGGGACCUCGCCACCGCCGGCGCGCCCCGAUGGCUGCAGCUAAUGCCGCACCCGCCGUGCCCCUACCCUUGCUGCCGACCCGCUCCCGGAGCCGGCCCGCCCCUGCUGUCGCCGCGGGGCGACCGCGACUCACCUCCGCCGCCCCCGAGCUACUAACCCGAGACCAGUUGCACCACGAACUCCGUGUGACUCGCCGAGAAGUUUCAGUGAUUUUCUUCGUAACUACGGCCAUUGACGCUGCAAUUAAAAACACAGAAGCUGGUUUCUGUGGGAAACCACCAGUCUCCGAAGUUCAGCGAUCAGUGUGCCUGCCAAAAUCCGGGUUUGACCCCUAGAACCGUCAAGAACAUUUCAUCGAUGGGAGAACUGGAACAUUGUCGUUUAGCUGCUCAAGACAGUUGGGUGAUUAUACAAUGUAAAAAUAGCAGCUCCUGUUUCGAAAGUCGAUAAUAGCGUCAGUGAGUACCAUACGUUAGUCGUGUGUUCCUCCACUGCCGUCUUCCAACGACAACAUAGACAGAGGAUAAAGCAGAAAUGGUUCCAAGCCGACCGGUUUCCUCAGCCUGAGUGUGAAAUUCACUUUUACCUGGAUGACAAACCGGAUAACGUUACCUUUCAGGAUCUCUGAUAUUGCAGCUACAGGACGCUCAAGUAGAUUUCUAGUAUACAGCAAAAAGACAACAAAUGUCUACGACUAGAAUGGGUAUUUAUUGCCUAUACGAGGAACAACUCUUCGUUUCUUAAAAACUGUCUGGUUUAGAACAGGUGAGAUAACAGUACAAUGCUGAUACAACCAAGAUCUUGAGGAGGAUGAAGCAAAAACACAGAAGCGAAAGGACGCAGCGGCGAGUUAACGAUGCAAGACAGCAGUUUGUGAUACCUGUCGCCAUUAAGAGAAUUUCAGUUUUCCUUUUGGUCUAGCCCGUCUGAUAAGAAACGUUAAAUGUACAUCUUGUUUGGGUUCUCUGUAUCAAACACCACACAACGAUCACCGCUUGCCCUACACAAAUGGAAAUUAUGGCAGACCUUGUACUCCGGUCCGGUGAAUGAUGCAGCGAUUGUAUGAACGGGUUAAGGGCCUCUGUGGUCACACAUCGCACCUAAUAGUGUGGAAUUAAAGCUUACCUUUUGUCUUUGAUAAUAGUGUAUUUCUUCUUGAAACAGUAUGUGCAAGGUCAAAGCGUCGUACUCAGUAAUGCAACCUUAACUGAAAGAAUUCAACGGAUCAGCUUCAGAUAACUCAUCACUCAUUGUAGUACUGCAGCACGUCAUCUUAAAACACAGCUGCGCUAUCGCUAUUCGUAAUAACCUCGAUUUCCGCCUGUGAACAGUUACUGACAAAACCAUUUGUGUCUAUGUAGCGACGACAGUGAGAUAAAUAUGUAUAAAACUAAGCUGUCCGUUACUUCUGAAAAGUUUAUUAGGUUCCCUGGAUGCUGAAGAGGAUGGAGACAGUUGUUCUGAAAUAUAUGUGAAUCAUAACAACAACCAAAUCGAUGAGAAAAGUCUCUGGGAUUCCCUAACUGUAAUACCAGUAUAACACAGCAGAAUCAAAAGGAAGCCCACAAUCAACAGGAAAACACAACGGAUAAAAAUUAUCUCGAAGUUAGAGAAGGGCAAAGAGGUAUUAAUGAACAUAUCAAGUUACAGCAAGAGGGAGUUGCAGCAGAUUAUAUUCUUAUUCGGUGUAAACUUUAUUGCAAUGACUUAUUAUUCAUCAGCAUUGGAAAGACUUCUGCCAUACACACUGAUCGGAGAACCAGUUCUUUUCAGACUACAAUGUCCACAUGUCCAUUAAUGUUUAGAGCAAGAAUCGUAGAGUUUUCAUUUUGGUGACUGUGUUCCGUAACUUACAGAAUCAUACGGAAGAAAAAUAGCAAACGUAAAUAUUUACAACUUUCACUAAAACUUUGAACUACACUGCUGAACUAAACUUAUUUUCCAUUAAAGUGAGUAAUGUGAGAAAUGAAUGAAAAAGUGACUAACUGUGUUGUGAGUGAUACUAUUGAAAUUCUCGUGAAAUGAAGAUUGACGUUCUGUCCACCUGUACGCGAAAUUACCUGAAACUAACAUUGGGUUAGAUGUACUGUGCUGCAAAGAAGUAUUUGAAACGUAACGAAAUGUGCUCCUAAACUUUUGAUUUAGUGCUUAAGUCCCGAGAAAUAUCUGUCCUCCAAUAUCGGCGAUAGUUUUUCAUGACCUUUUGUACGAAAAAAUGAGCUAUCUUUAAAUGGCCGUAGAUUGCUGUUUGAGAACAAAGGUAAUAAACAAAUACAUUGUGCAAUACUAGCUGAAAUAUUAUUACGUAUGGCUGAAAUGGCUCUGGACGUACCAUUCAUUUUAGAAAUAAAUGUCUCAUUGCCUGUUCCAGAUUCUUUUUGUCAACAGGUAUUAUGAAAUUAGGCGUAUUACCGUUUCCCUCAUUCAGUCAAAACUUAUUUAUGUUUGUAUUUAUUAGAAACAAGUAGAUACCAACUGUAAAAAUACGGACAACUCAUCUGUGUGGGUAGCUGUUAUAGCAGUAAGCUCUCUUUCAGCUAUUGUUUCAGUUCAUAUGCGACGUUAAGUAAUUUAUAUCUUCGUGUAAUUAAACUGUAUAUAUUAUUAAAUAUAUAAAUGUCCUGUUGUACUGUG